GUAAUAACAUAAUCCGUAUUAACACACUAAUUUGCAAUAAAGUUAAGUAUUCCUACUAAUUUGGGACAUAAGGCUAAGACUCGUUGGGAGUAAUUGGUAAAGUAAAUGUGUACAUUGAGCUUCCAGUACUUUUCGGUUGUACCGCUAUUAAACAAUAUGCUGACUUGGUGAGUUUUCCGUGUGACUACAGCUGUCACGAGGCAGUGUGGGCGGGACUUUUGUCACUUAGUGUACUUUUAUAUGACAGGACAGGAGUGCCCAUUUACCAAAGAACGAAAGGGCAACGACUUUGCUCUUGCACAUUGAAAAGCCAGGAUCGUCCUUAUUUGCCUGUGUUUGCAGAAAGAAAAUGUCUUCCAUUAAGAUUGAAUGUGUUGUUGAUGAAAGAAACAAAAUUGGAGAGUCACCUGUGUGGGAAGAAAAAGAAGGCACUCUGCUGUAUGUGGAUAUCCAAGAAAAGCAAGUGAAAAGAUGGGAUGCAGCCAGUGGUCAUGUACAAACUGUAAAUGUUGGUGCCCACGUUGGCUCAGUGGUCCCGAGGAAAUCAGGAGGAUAUAUAUUAGCCCUUGGAACACGCUUUGCUUUCUUGGAUUGGGAGAAGAAAAAAGUAACAGACAUCAUUAGUGUUGACCAGGACAAGGCCAACAACAGGUUUAAUGAUGGAAAAGUGGACCCAGCAGGAAGGUUUUUUGCAGGAACCAUGUCUAUGGAGAUCCGUCCUGCUGAAGUGGAAAGGCAUCAGGGGUCCCUAUACACUCUCCAUGCAGACCAUUCUGUUGUGAAACAUUUUGAUCAAGUGGAUAUUUCUAAUGGCUUGGACUGGUCACCUGACCACAAACACUUCUAUUAUGUAGACAGUUUAUCUUACCGUGUGGAUGUGUUUGAUUAUGAUAUUAAUUCUGGCAGCAUAUGUAAUCGCAGAGUAUUGUAUAAAAUGGAGGAAGAUGAAGGCAUUCCUGAUGGAAUGACCAUUGACAGUGAAGGAAAACUAUGGUUGGCAUGUUAUAAUGGAGGAAGAGUCAUCCGGAUUGAUCCUGAAACAGGUAAACGGAUUCAAACUGUGACGCUACCUGUGGACAAGACCACUUCCUGUUGCUUUGGUGGCAAAGAUUAUUCUGAAAUGUAUGUGACAUCAGCUUGUUUAGGAAUGGAUGAUAAAUGGAUGGCAAAGCAACCCCAGGCUGGAGGGAUAUUUAAGAUCACUGGACUUGGGGUGAAAGGGAUUCCACCGUAUGCAUUUGCUGGUUAAUCAUUCACUUUGUUGGGCUCAACAACAGGUCAUCUUCCAUUUCCUACAGCAGCCAACACAUCAUUCAGUACAGAAAUGAAGAAAGAUACCACUUUUACUGUGAAGCAACUAAUUUUACAUUCCUACAGCAUAGCCUGUAAUGGUGAUUGUGUUUUUUUAUAUAGAGUCAUUCUCACUACUAGUCUCUACAUUAUGACAUAAUCAUUUUUAAAUGUGUUUUACUGACAAAGACUUGGAAGAAAUAGUUCAAGAACAUGCUACUGAAACAUCAUCAAAAACAAAUAAAUAUUUUAUUAUUCAUUCAA